AUGGGUAAAGGCGGAUCACUAAGCGAAGGCGUGAUCAAGAACAUCGUCCUCUCCUACACCUACGUAGCGAUAUGGAUCUUCCUCAGCUUCACCGUCAUCGUCUACAACAAAUACAUCCUCGACAAGAAGAUGUACGACUGGCCUUUCCCUAUCUCUCUCACCAUGAUCCACAUGUCCUUUUGCUCAACCCUAGCGUUCCUCCUCAUCAAGGUCUUUAACUUCGUCGAGCCUGUCUCCAUGUCACGUGACACUUACCUCAGAUCCGUGGUUCCCAUCGGCGCCUUGUACUCACUCUCCUUAUGGCUCUCUAACUCCGCUUACAUUUACCUCUCCGUCUCCUUCAUACAAAUGCUCAAAGCCCUCAUGCCCGUCGCGGUCUACUCCAUCGGUGUCUUGUUCAAGAAGGAAGGUUUUAAGUCGGAGACUAUGAUGAACAUGUUAUCUAUCUCCUUUGGUGUAGCUAUCGCUGCUUAUGGAGAAGCUAGGUUCGAUGUGUGGGGUGUGGUUCUUCAGCUCGGUGCGGUUGCGUUCGAGGCGACAAGAUUGGUAAUGAUUCAGAUCUUGCUUACUUCUAAAGGGAUCACGUUGAAUCCCAUCACUUCUCUUUACUACGUUGCACCAUGCUGCUUAGCUUUCUUGUUUAUCCCUUGGAUUGUUGUGGAGUUUCCGAUCUUGCUUACUUCUAAAGGGAUCACGUUGAAUCCCAUCACUUCUCUUUACUACGUUGCACCAUGCUGCUUAGCUUUCUUGUUUAUCCCUUGGAUUGUUGUGGAGUUUCCGGUUCUUAGAGAGACCUCUAGCUUUCAUUUUGAUUAUGUUAUUUUCGGGACGAACUCGUUUUGUGCGUUUGCUUUGAAUCUUGCUGUGUUUCUUUUGGUGGGGAAGACGUCUGCUUUGACCAUGAAUGUGGCUGGUGUGGUUAAGGACUGGUUAUUGAUCGCAUUCUCAUGGUCGGUUAUUAAGGACACUGUGACUCCUAUUAAUCUUUUUGGUUAUGGGAUUGCGUUCUUGGGCGUUGCGUAUUAUAAUCAUGCUAAGUUACAAGCGUUGAAGGCUAAAGAGGCUCAGAAGAGUGCUCAGCAGAUUGAUGAAGAGAGUGGUAGGCUUUUGGAAGAGAAGGGAGGUAAUGAAGGUGGAAGGAAGAACGAGCCAGAGGAUUGA